CCUCCUCCUCAUCGCCCGCUGUAAAUUGCUAGCCAUGGAGACGGAAGUAGAGAAUUAAGGAGGAAAGCUUUACGGGGAUAGAGAUUGGUGGACAGCAGUGCCAGGUCGUGGAGACUGUGCAUGAAGAAGAGUUAGUUGACUUAGACACUGGUGUGUGAAAAAGCCAGAUCAUGAGUAACUACACUGUCUGUUUGCAAGGUCCAGCCCCAUGGGGCUUCAGACUUCAGGGGGGCAAAGACUUCAACAUGCCCCUGACCAUCUCCAGGCUGACUGAAGGUGGGAAAGCUGCCCAUGCAAGCAUCGAGGUCGGGGAUGUGCUUCUGUCCAUCGAUGGGCUUAGCACUGAUGGAAUGACUCACAUGGCAGCUCAGAAUAAGAUCAAGGCGUGUACUGGAUCCUUAUCACUCAACCUGCAGAGGGCUGCUCCUGCUCCGAAACCAGCAGGAACGACGGUUCAGAUGCCCAAGGUGUACAACACGCCCAUAAACCUCUACUCCUCUGACAACGCCCAUGAGGUGGCAGAGGGACAGAAGAGAGGACUGAGAGAGGGGCAGAGCGAUGCCAAGCAGCAGAAUGGUGGCCCCAUGUAUGCUCUCAAUGGCCCCAUGUAUGUUCUCGAGAAAAAGCUACCUGGACGCUCCACGCGGCGAUACAUGGCCAGUGAUGUCCAUUAUCAUCAUAACCUGAGUGAUCAGAGCAAGAAACGUCUGAUGCAAGACACUGAAGAUUGGCAGCCAAAGACUGGCCUUGCUCAGUCACGCUCUUUCUGUAUUCUUGCCCAGAUGACUGGCACUGAGCAUAUGGGUGAGACAACUCCAGCGAGUGAGACCAGCAAGAAGGCAAGGGACAAUGGGACUGAAAAUGACAAAGUGGGGUACAGUGCUUUGGAAGUUGAGCAGCCAUCUCCGACUGGGGGUGCUGGCCAGAUGGAAUUGUGCACGUCAGGAACGGGUGAGACAGCUUCUCGCUGUGUGUGCUCGGUGGCCACUCAGACUUGCCCUGUCCCUGUGCUCAGUGAGCCACUAGUGGACCUAAGCCCUGCGCUGGAAGCUGCUGGACUCUCUCCCUCUGGAGAUGCUGAGAGGUGUGAGGGUCAGAUCACAGCUACUGCAGCCACCUCUGUCACUUCCCCAGCAACUGUUGAGAGACCAGUCAGUCCACCCUCUGGCCUUUCUACCUUCUGCUGCCUCUUGGCCUCACCUCCUCUUCGAAAGACGUACCUGAACAAUCCUUUAGAUGCUUUACCCAAGUGUGCUCCACAUCCACCCCCAAUCAAGUGCGAUCCAAAGACUGAAGCUUAUGUUGCCUCUCUUUCUACUGUAAACAUCAGAACAGCUAGAUUUGUCAAUGUAACGGAAGAGGUGACCUCAAAGAUGCCUUCAAUCCUGCCAAAUCUUCCCCCUACUGCACCCGGAAUUGAUCCUUAUCCUUUAGAUGCUGGGAAGCAUUCAGUGGCUGUACAAACCUGUGACGUUCCAGCGCUCGCUACCCCACCAUCAACCUCCACCUCUGUCGAUCCUACAAAGGAUGCAGAUCCAGCCGUCUGUACUCCUGUCAUCUCCAAAAGGCAAGUUUUGGAAAAUCCACUUGAAGCGUUGCCAAAGUCGACCCCACCUCUUCCACUCGUGAAACAAAGCCCAGAGGCUAAGAACGCGGCUGCUAUGAUCACUGCUGUACUCACUGCUCAAGCCAGACUGUCUGAACCUGCUGUCUCUCCAUCCCUGCUGGAUACUCUCCUCAUCACACCGGUUACAAAACCUCUGCCUACACAACCCUUCACAUUGCCCAAGCGUCAGUCCACCAGCUCUUUAUAUGUGCCGAAGACCAGGAGUGUUACGUGGCAUGAAUCAGUUUUCUGUUCAGAAAAGUCCUCUGUCAGACAGUUUUCAAUCUCACCAAUUAAGUCUGCAAAGCCUAGUGGGGAUACUGUGGAUGUUCCUCAGCCCAUUGGCCCAGCCACGGCUUCUGUCAAGCCCAUGUCGAAGAUGCCCAGUGGGGUCUGUCACACCUCCCCCAUUGCUGCUGUGUCCAGCCCAACCUUCAAACCUAGUGGAGUCGCUGGAUCUACCAGACCAGCAGGUUGGCAAGCUGCCAACUCAGCAGCUAACAGUUCCCCCCGGACUGUGCUCCCCACUGCCCAGGUAUCACCGGCAAGUCAACCUGGCUGGGGGUCCGGAUCAAAGGCAGCCAGCACCGUAGUGAGCAAGUCAGAGCCGCAGGAUGAUGACACACUGGUUCAGAUGGCCGAGCAUAUCCCAGCAGGCAACAGGACGCCAAUGUGUGCUCACUGCAACUCCAUCAUCAGAGGUCCUUUCCUGGUGGCAAUGGGUCGUUCCUGGCACCCUGAAGAGUUUACCUGUGCCUACUGUAAUCUAUCCCUUGCCCACAUUGGGUUCGUGGAAGAGAAAGGGUCUGUAUAUUGUGAGAAGUGCUACGAGCAAUUCUUUGCCCCUGAAUGUGCCCGAUGCCAGAGGAAGAUCCUGGGGGAAAUUAUUAAUGCCUUGAAGCAGACCUGGCAUGUUAACUGCUUUGUGUGUGUGGCCUGCAAGCAACCUAUUCGCAACAAUAUUUUCCACAUGGAGGAUGGCGAUCCUUACUGUGAAAAAGAUUACUAUAAUUUAUUUGGCACUAGUUGCCAUGGCUGUGACUUCCCUAUAGAGGCUGGCGAUAAAUUUCUUCAAGCACUGGGCCACACUUGGCAUGAUACCUGUUUCGUCUGUGCAGUGUGUUGUGUGAAUUUGGAAGGCCAAACCUUCUUCUCCAAGAAAGACAAGCUCCUAUGCAAGAAGCAUGCUCACACAGUGAACAUCUAAAGCUCAUUGAGCUGUGAGAAAGAUGAGGAUUGAAGAUAACAUAUAGGAGGGACGGAAUACAAAUGAAUAUUUUGCUUUUUUUUCUUGUUGCUAUGAAAGGCAUCCAAACCAUAACUUAGUCAUUGGGAUUUGAAGGGGGAAAGGGAUGGGUGUGAGGUGUUUGAAUCUAUUUUGGUUUUGGGCUCUUUUUAGAUCUUUAACUCCAAAUACUUAGGUGGUUGGUAGACAGUGUAAUGGCUUCAUUUCACCGGCUGAAGAUCUGCAUUCAAGUAGCUAUCUUUUACUGACCUCUUGCAUAACAUUUAUUUAGAUAUGCCUUCAAACAGAUCUUUUUUUUUCAAACUUUGCAUAAAUGUUCCUUGUUGCUCUAAAGGCUUUAUGUAAUAGUGUAGGCAUUCAGUUAAAAUGAUCAUAAUAAGUGUUUACUAGGACACUUGUUUCCAAAUUUAAUAUCUGCCGAAUUUGUUUAAAAUCAUAUUGUUGCAGUUUAUUCUGAAAUCUUGCCCUUCCUGGAUUCAGAAUUCACUUGGUCCCUUUUUGUGCAUUGAGGAGCACUUUCACAAUUAAGCUCCUUACAACCAUCAGUUUAUUUUGGAAGAAAUUAAUUCAUGAGACGGCAAAAAUUGGCGAGGGCUUUGUGAAUAAGUCAUUUGGAAUUUGACAGAUGUCUAUGAAGGAAAAUAGUGUUUUAUUUACAAAUAGAUGAUGGACUGGCCAGGCUUGAUCUUGUUGAUCUCUGUUGGUAUAUGCAUAGUGUAAGAUGGAUUUCACAUCAUUGUGAUGUGCUUCUUGUGAAACAUCUUUAACCACUGUUUCAUGGUUAAAUUAAGUGCCACCUUUUGUGAAAGUCAUGGUUAAGUUUGGGAGUAAUGAAACCAUCAAGCUCUGGGGAUCCUGGAAUUGUCCAAUUUUAUUAAACUGGAAGAGUCUGGUGUGAAAUCUAAUGCUACAAGUUAACUGGUAAUUACUUUCCUGGAUCUACUGGGCUAUGUUUAAAGUUAGUAUAGUGUCUUAAUUGUGCAUCUCAUCUGAGUGGUAAACUAAUUGAAGGCUGCUGAACUGGUUGUUCUGACGGCAUUGAAAUCAAUUUUGGGAACCAGAACGGGAAAGCUUUUGGGUGGAAGAGAGCCUCUCGCUGUCAUGAUCACUCAGCACGGAGGGAAGGAGGGAUUCUACACCUCAUAAGUGUUCUUUGAGCAACCUCUUGCUGUUUCUUAUGACUGGACACCUGAAUGGUGAUCCGCCCACAAGAUCAAUCUGGACCAGGUACCUUUGUAGAGAACCGGGAAUUAUCUCAAAUUGAGAUUUCCUCAUUUAAAGGAAAGCAAAGAUCUCCCAGCUUCAUCUGUGAUGUACUGCAAUCCAUAGUGUACACAGGAGAGUACUUGUUACAGGGUACUGCAGCUUUGUUUAUAACUGCCUAACUCCUGCUGCAUUAAUUAUAUUGUCUGGAACUGUUUGGAUAAGGGGAUUUAUAUUGCGUCUUGAGAUGACCAGGUGUUUGUGGCGAGAUUAUCCACCCCCACCCCCCCCCUUUCAUUAUUGGCAAGGAGACUGGGAGGGGUCAUUGAUCUAACUAGUAUAACUAGUAUGAUGGUCAUCAAUAUCUGUGGAUUUCCACCCAGUUGAAGUUUACCAAGCCUCAGAUUAAUGAACGGGCAGUUUAACUACUUAUACCAUGAUGUAUUGGUGUAACUCUGUGUACAUGAAUGAAUGUGGCAGGAGUGGUGAAGGAAUUUCACAUGCAUUCCUUUGACCCUCAACCCAUGUUUGGCUUUAUCUUGGGUUUACAAAUCAAUAAAGGGCAAUACCAUUGUAUCCAAUGCAUUUACAUUUAAAGGGCUGCAAAAUGUAUCAGGUCAAUGAAAAGCGUGAAAGCUGAGAGGAUUCGACUAUCUAUAAAGAACAUUUCUUCUUGACAGAAUGUUUCACAGUUGCCCUCGGGAGUUAAAGUAUUUGCUCCCUUGUUCCUUGUGUAGUAGGGCAAGGUACCCUGGGCAGGAAAAGGGGUGCUGUACAUGUUUGUUAAUUUAGUUUGAGAUCAUCUUUCUUAUUCCAGUACGUUCUGUGUUUUAUGUCAACGUACAGCUCAUAUGUUUAGGUUGGUUAAAGGUUUAACCUGUCAAAGGUAGUUUCACAAGUAAAGUUGCAUGUCACUUUAGUACGAUGAUAAUGUUCAUAGACAAACACAGCUUCUCAUAUGUUUUAUCUUUGAAGACAGGAUCCACAAAUUAAAUUUUCUUUAGAUGGCUCGUAGCACAAUCUGUAGUUUUGUAAACUCAAUAACAAGGUGUAGUUCCAUUACAAUCCAUUACAAUGGUGUUAAAGGGCAAAUUGGAUAGAAAACAACUUUCAUGUCCCAUUCUGACUACUUUCAUGCAGUAGAAAACACACCUCUAGCCUUGUCUAUUGUAUCUGGGACAUUUGAUUAGAACUAGGUAAUGUGAUAACCAAGCAGCACCAUUACCUAGAGAAAAGAACUAAAGGGCUUAGUUAAACAAUCUCACUCCUUCUUACAUUAUUGCAUUUGUCUAAGAGUGAGAGGUCUUGUAUGAUAUCUUGAGAUGGGCGAGUCUGUUGUGUGGUGGGAGGUGAAUCACAGACGGAGUACUCAGCAUCUCAACCCAAUGUCACUAAUGCUUCUCAUUCUCAACUGUUGGACCUUUGUUUCUUAAGGAUGAACUGAAAUUCUUCAUAUUGUGCUGAACUUAUGAGGAAGUAAUUGUCACCCAGGCAAAUUUUAUUUUUAAUGGUUGAAAUGUAUUUUAUUAACUAUAUUGGAGUAUUUUCCCAGGUGUGAAAACUAAUAGAGAUGGGUUGUUUCUGUUUGUGCACAGAAUCUGAAUGAAUGUGUCAAUUAUCUACCUGCGUCAGUUUUCUUCAAUGCGAUAAGUCCAUCUAUACAAAACAGAGGGGAGCCAAGAGUGUAUACCUGGAGUGAAUUGUGAGAGAGAAAAUUAUAGUCUUUGUCAAAAAAAGUCAUGGUUUGAUUUUUAAAGAACCAGCUUUUCUCUUGGCACAUUUUAAAAGUAAGUUAGAACCCAGGGCAUCCUAUGCCAAGUUACAUGCCUCCCCUCAUUCACCUAAAUGCCAUGAUAAAGGAGGAUCUGGGUGUAUCAGAGGAAGAUGUGGGGAAUUGAUAUUUGUUGAGCUCUUCAUUUCUGCCAAACCUCCCCCACCCCACUCCAUCACUAGCCCCAUACAUUUUGUUAUGUAACCCAUGACAGAUGUUACUAUGGUCAGACGU